GAAAAUGGUGAAAAACGGAACCAAGGCUUGGAACCAAAAGAAGAGACCUCUUCCAGAGAGAAAAGAGCCUGAUCAUGAUCACGAUGAUGAUCUCUCCACGAGGAAGACGAGGCCAAAGCGAGCUGCAGCAUGCACAAACUUCAAGGAGAAAUCCAUCCGUAUCUCAGAGAGAUCCGCCACCGUUGCAGCAAAGCAGCAUCCGACUGUGGAGGACGAGAUCGUAGCUCUUCACUUGACAGCUUCUUUUCCUCAGAGCUGUGGCAGCGACGAUGAGCCUCACCAGACCAGGAGGCUGACUGAUUUCGUUUUACAUGAUACCGACGGAGUUUCACAGGCUGUGGAGAUGGUGGAACAUGGUGACAUGUUCAUCACAGGCGUGAUCUUGCCUUCAUCAGGUGAAUGCUCUGACAAGGAGAAAGCGAAGGGUGUGAGGUGUAAGGGUUUUGGACGUGUUGAUAACUGGAGUAUCUCUGGGUAUGAAGAUGGUUCCCCAGUGGUGUGGGUGACGACCUCUCUUGCAGAUUACGAAUGCAUUAAGCCUGCUACAAGCUACAAGAAGGUGUAUGAUUAUUUCUUCCAGAAAGCGUAUGCCUCAGUGGAGGUUUACAAGAAAGUGGCCAAGUCUGACUUGAUGAGCCUUGAUGAGUUGCUUGUGGCGGUUGCGAGGACUAUGAGCCUGGAGACUAAGUGCUUUUCUAGUGAUUACUUGGCCAUAAAAAAAUUUGUUGUAUCCCAAGGAGGAUUCAUAUAUAACCAGCUUGCGGGUUUGGAUGAUACGGCCAAGCAAGACGAUGCAAGAUUCAUUGAGAUUCCUGUGCUCGUUGCUCUCAGAGAUGCGAGUAGUAUACUUGAAUAUGAUGUUGUUCAAGGGCAAUCUUCUAAUGGGGUUCUAAGGAUUGAUGGAGUUUCGGAAAAGGUCAUGACAUGUGAUCAACAACUGGUUAACGAGGAUGAAAAGUUUGCUCGACUUGUACAAGAUGAAGAGUAUAUGAAAUCUAUGCAACGGCCCAGAAAGAACAGCAGCUCAGCUUCUGUUUCAAACAAAGGAUACAUAAUGACCACUGAAGACGAGAUCGCCAGUGAUUAUCCUCUCCUAGCUCAUUAUAAGAAUUCCCAAAUUGAAACUGAUGAGCUUUUAUUAUACGAGGAUUACUACUAUGAGCUUGACAUCGAUGACCUGCCUCGUAAGAUGCUUCACAAUUGGGCGCUUUACGACAUUGAUUCAAGGCUGAUAUCCCUGGAGCUUCUCCCGAUGAAGCCUUGUGCUGAUAUCGAUGUAACUAUCUUUGGAUCUGGUUUGAUGGCAGAUGAUCAAGGGAUCUGGAUUGAUCUAGAUGAUCCUACUACCUCUAUGCCUUUAGAAGAACAUGAAGGGAUACCCAUAUUCCUUAGUCAAAUAAAGGAAUGGAUGAUUGAGUAUGGGGUGUCAACCAUCUCGGUUUCAAUACGAACAGAUGCGGCCUGGUAUCGACUCGGGAAACCAUCAAAGCAGUACGCCCCUUGGUUUGAACCUAUUCUGAAAACAGCAAGGGUUGUCAUAAGCAUUUUUGCUCUCCUGGAGAAGCAAACUAGAAUGUCUAGGCUUUCGUUUGAUGAUGUCAUAAGAAGAGUGUCUGAGUUCGAGAGUAACCAUAAGGCUUACAUUUCUUCUGAUCGCUCGGCUGUUGACAGAUAUGUGGUUGGCCAUGGGCAGAUAAUGUUGCAGAUGUUUUCAGAGUUUCCUAACAAGGAGAUCAGAAAGUGUUCAUUUAUUACUGGUCUUGCAAAUAGAAGGGCGGAAAAGCACAACACGAGAUGGACCAUCAAGAAGAAGAAAAUUUUGGUGAAAGUGAAUUUGAAUCCAAGGGCAGGUAUGGCACUUGUAUCCAAGAGGAAGGCUAUGCAAGCAACAACAACGCGCCUGAUCAACAGAGUCUGGGGAGAGUUUUACUCCAUUUACACUCCAGAGGAGCCAUUGCAGGCAAACAGUGAAGAAGAAGUUGAAGAGGAGGAUGAAAACGAAGAAGAUGACGCAGAGGAUAUUGCACCUGAACCUGUUGAGGUUGAAGAGUCUCAUACUCUUCCAAAGAAAAUUCUAGGCAGUUGUGGAAAACUGGAAACAAGAUGGGAUGGUGAGAGUCUUGGAGAAACUUCUGCUGGUGAGCCUCUCUAUCGACAAGCACUCCUUGAAGGGGAAAUAGUGGCUGUAGGUGGUGCUGUCAUCGUGGAAGUGGACGGAGUUCAGUCCAUCUACUUUGUAGAGUACAUGUUUGAAAGUUCAGAUCACUGCAAAUUGCUACAUGGAAGGCUUUUACAAAGAGGUUCCGAGACUGUUCUAGAGAAUGCUGCUAACGAGAGGGAACUGUUCUUGACAAACAAAUGCACGACUGUACCCUUUAAGGACGUAAAAGGGACAGUCUGUUUCGAUAUUCGAUCGAGACCAUGGGGGCAUCAGUUUAGGAAAGAAGACGCCACUGCGGAUAAGCUGGACAGGGCAAGAGCAGAAGAACGAAAGGGGAAAGACAUGCCUACGGAAUACUUCUGCAAGAGUUUUUAUUCACCUGAGAGAGGAGGUUUCUUUAGUCUUCCACUCAGUGAUAUGGGCUGUGCUUCUGGAUCGUGCGCUUCAUGCAAAGUAAGAGAGGACGAAGAGGAGAGGAAAAAGAUCAAACUCAAUGCUUCAAGGACUGGUUUUUCCUCCUAUGGGGUUGACUAUUGCGCUGGUGAUUUUGUCUACGUUUACCCAGACUGUAUCGAUGAAUCGAAGAAGGCUAAUGGAAAAUUUAAGUCAGGGCGGAACAUCGGGUUAAGAGCCUUUGUUGUGUGCCAACUUCUUGAGAUCAUCAUCCCAAAGAAAUCUAGAAAGGGUUGUUCCUUUGAGGUUAAUGUCCGAAGGUUUUAUAGGCCUGAAGAUGUUUCUGAAGGAAAGGCAUAUGCUUCAGACAUCCGAGAGUUGUAUUACAGUGAGGACACAUAUGAACUCCAACCAGAGGCUCUGAAGGGAAAAUGUGAAGUAAGGAAGAAGAAUUAUAUCCCUUCUUGUCGUGAGUUUCCAAUAUCAGAGAACAUUUUCUUUUGUGAACAAAUAUACGACUCAUCCAAAGGUUCGGUCAAGCAGUUACCUCUUAAUAUCAACCCGAAGUUCUCAGCUAUCAUCAAGGACGACGCACUUUUAAGAAAGAACAAGGGGAAGGGAGUAGAGAGUGAAACUAGUUCUGGUAUCGAGGUACCGGAACACAUGCGUCUGGCGACCUUAGAUAUUUUUGCUGGUUGUGGUGGCCUAUCUCAGGGACUGGAACAAGCAGGCGUAUCUGCAACAAAGUGGGCGAUCGAGUAUGAAGAGCCAGCUGCGGAGGCUUUUAGAAAAAACCAUCCCGGAACAGCAGUUAUUGUUGAUAACUGCAAUGUGAUUCUUAGGGCUAUAAUGGAGAAAUGUGGAGAUCAAGAUGAGUGUAUCUCUACUACAGAAGCUAAUGAACUUGCUGCUAAACUUGAUGAGGACCAGAAGCGUACGCUGCCACUACCUGGUCAAGUAGAUUUCAUCAACGGAGGCCCUCCAUGUCAGGGAUUCUCUGGUAUGAACCGGUUCAGCCAAAGCCCAUGGAGUAAAGUUCAGUGUCAAAUGAUAUUAGCAUUCUUGUCUUUUGUUGAUUAUUUCCGGCCAAGAUACUUUCUCCUGGAGAACGUGAGGAACUUUUUCUCAUAUAGUAAAGGGCAGAUGUUUAAACUCACUCUCGCUUCUCUUCUCGAAAUGGGUUACCAGGUGAGAUUUGGGGUGUUGGAGGCAGGUGCAUAUGGGGUUUCUCAAUCUCGAAAAAGAGCUUUUAUAUGGGCAGCUGCACCGGAAGAAGUUCUUCCCGAAUGGCCUGAGCCGAUGCAUGUCUUUAAUGUUCCAGAGUUGAAAAUCUCGCUAUCCAAAGGUUUACGCUAUGCUGCUGUUCGUAGUACUCAACAGGGAGCUCCUUUCCGUCCAAUCACUGUCAGAGACACAAUCGGUGAUCUUCCACCAGUAAAGAAUGGAGAUUCCAAUACAAUCAAAGAGUAUGAAACUGAUCCAAUCUCGUGGUUCCAAAAGGAAAUAAGAGGGAACACGACUGUUCUCACUGAUCACAUCAGCAAAAAGAUGAACGAACACAAUCUCAUCCGAUGUAAAAGAAUCCCAAAGAGACCAGGUGCUGAUUGGCGUGACCUCCCAGAAGAAAAGGUGAAGUUAUCUGAUGGGACAGUGGUGAAUUUGAUUCCACGGUGUCUAAAAGAAACGGCUCUAAAACAUAACCAGUGGAAAGGACUUUUUGGGAGGUUAGACUGGGAAGGCAACUUUCCAACUUGCACUACUGAACCUGGGCCCAUGUCGAAGGUCGGUAUGUGCUUCCAUCCUGACCAAGACAGGAUACUCACUGUCCGUGAAUACUCCCGAUGUCAGGGGUUUCCGGAUAGCUAUGAGUUCGAAGGGGACAUAGCACACAAGCAUAGGCAGAUUGGGAAUGCAGUGCCUCCGCCUUUGGCCUUUGCUCUUGGUCGCAAGCUCAAGGAAGCAGCACAGCUCAAUAAGUGAGCCAAAAGCAAUUAGUUUUGUUUUUUUCUUUAUAGUUUAUUCAUUGUGAUAAACCUCAUCUUGAAACUCAAUUCUCAUACUUAUAUUAUAUAGUUUCCUGAUUCGAAGCUGUGUCCGAUAAAACAUUGUUGGUAUCGUUGCUCUUGUGUUAUUCUCUUUCUCAGAUUCGUGAUGGCUCCAUUUACAUCAUGAAUAACAUUCAUAAAUGGGCUCUG